UUGGCUUCACGGUCUUUUACUUGGUAACAGUCCUAGCUGACUUGGGAUAUGCAACAUGUCCAGUACAAACGGUGACAAGUGUAGCAGCUCAAACCUGCGUCACUGGCAUUGGCUUUCUGAACAGUACAAUCAAUUCCCAGGACGAAAUUUGCAGUAUAUAUAAAGAGACGUUGUAUUGUAUACAGAAAAAGAUACAUGAUCAAGGGCUUGACUGUGAUCUACCAGAUAUUGGGGCAAGCAUGGCGAUCAUUUAUAAAACAAUCGGUCCGGAACUCUUCAAUUACGACUCUUGUACACUUACACCAGAAGUUGGAAAUAUCUGUUCAAGCGAAGAUCGACUAGUGACGUACACGCUUAUUGCUUGCACACCAUACCUUUCACAAAUGGCGUUGUAUGGAGACUCGUUGGCGGCUUGCGCGUAUAAGGCAGCACUCGUUCAGUGUGCCGAACAAAGUCUUGGCUAUAUUGGUAUUCAGUGCAGUAAGUUUCAAGUAGAGGAAGCCUUUAGAAGUCAUACAACGGCAACAUUUCUUUCUAAACACGCAUUUGGUGUAGACCUUGGUAGUUGCUUUAAGACGGUAGGGACACAAGGUUCGAGUUCGGACAAGAAUUGUGUGGACUAUGUUACCAUAUUCUCCUACAGCAGCGUGACCACGUGCAUGGCAAGUCUACCAAGAACUAACUUUACAGACAACAUGUCCCAACAAGAUAAAAACAUGCAAUGUAGUUUUGUUCAGGAAGUACUGGCUUGUAUGGUAAAACAAUUGGCUGUUAUUGGCUCCCAGUGCACCAUGAAGCAAAUGCAGUCAGCCGUGAACACGUAUAUACAUCUAUCACAGAUGGGGGCUGGCUUGCUUCACAUAUCAGAAUGUCAAGUGAACGAGAGUUACGUGUCUACAUCAAUGUGUGAUGACGAUUUUCGACUGGUAUCAUUCUUUGCAACCAGUGGCGGCACAGCCUUUAAUUCCCUGGAUGGAUACAACAAUAAGGACCUUGUUUGCAACACGCUUGUAUCUUAUAUCGGCGUCCUUACUAAUGGCUUCAAUGUCACGUGCUCAUCAUCCAAGAUAUUUGCAGCGUUCAUAUCUCCAUUCGGAACUUCUUUCUUUAACGGUCAUUAUCCACACCUAGAUUUCAACCAUUGUGCUAAAGGAGGGUUUGGUCAAUCGGAUGUUAUGACGUCAAGAGGACAAAGAGAGGUGCCGUUAUAGUUCUAGAAUGUAUUCAGAUUUUCGGUAGCUAAUAUGAGAAAGGCAUGUGGGUACAGAAACGAGCAAAGUACUGUUGUAAUUGUUUGUAAUAAAUGAAUAAAUCAGUACCCUUUUAUAAAUGUUUUGUUUGACAAAUUAAUCCAUAAAAAGUUAAAAACCAAAUUAAUCCUACAGAACAUAGAUAUACCUACUACAACUUUAUUAUCCAGUAAAAAACGUUCA